UGGCUGGAACACUGUGUGUAAGACUGAAAUUUGUGUAACUUAUAACCACACACACCAGCACUCGGUCACAUUGUACAAUAACAUUGCAGUACUUGCUCUCAGGCACAGUAGCAGCUGCAAAGCAUUUUUUUCCAGCCUGUACUUUGUCAGGACCAGCCAACCAGUCAGUACACUGGGAGAAAAAGUAGGGUACUCUCGUGCUUUUUGGAGUGGCAUCUGAUCCUGCCUCCAUCAUAACCAAAGCUCUUCCGUAACGUGCCAGAGGAAAUGUCAGACCCAACAGAGGAACUCACCAACAAGCCCUUCGCGGCCCAGUUGUCUAAUGUUUACCUCAGCAUCUUGGCACUGUUCUGCUUUAAGCUCUUUGUUAAGAUUUCUCUUAACUUGCUGACAUACUUCUACAUUGUCCGUGGGAACCGUAAAGAGGCUGCCAGGAUAUCAGCAGAGUUCUAUGAUUACGGUCAACAACACAGAUCCUGGGCGGACCGCUCACCCCUCCAUGAUGCUGCAAGUCAGGGCCGCCUCCUCGCUCUGAGGACCCUCAUUUUACAGGGUCACAAUGUGAAUGUUCUGACUAUAGACCAUGUGACACCCCUUCACGAGGCCUGUCUCGGAGACCAUGUCGCUUGUGCCAGAGCUCUCAUUGAUGCAGGAGCAAAUGUCAAUGCUUCUACAAUUGAUGGAGUCACCCCUCUGUUCAACGCCUGUACAGUGGGCAGUGUGGCAUGUACUGAAAUUCUUCUGGAAAAUGGAGCAAAACCCCAGAGUCUUGUGUACCAUCCCUCACCCAUCCAUGAAGCCACCAGCAAAGGUCAUUACGGUUGUGUGGAGGCUCUAGUGACUUGGGGGGCAGAUGUGGACAUGGACAUUCCUCACCUGGGCACAGCACUCUAUACAGCCUGCGUCUGCCAAGAGCUGGAGUGUGCCAGGAAACUCCUGAGGGAAGGUGCCAAUGUGCAGAAAGGCAAAUCGCUGGAUUCGCCCCUGCAUGCAGCUGCAGAGAAAGACUGCACAGCAGUAGUGAAGCUGCUGCUGGACUUUGGUGCAGACAUUAAUGCCAGAAACACAGAGUUUCAGAGGCCAGUAGACGUGGCUCCACCCAGCAGUCUAACUGAGGGCUUCCUACUGCUCUAUGAGGCUACACCACGACUGCUGAGCCAGCUGUGUCGUCAGUGCAUCAGGAACUGCGUCGGCCGUGACAGACUCCACCUUCUUUCCCACCUUCCCCUGCCUAACAGGCUCAGGAACUACCUGCAGUACCAAUGACAGGCAGACCAACCAAACUCUCUGCCUCAAUAGGACUUAUAGAAAGACGCCUUUGGCACAAACAGCACAUCAACUCCAUGAACUCUUCCUCCCUUUAAUUUUAGCCAGUCAAUGCAGUAAGAGAAAUCAGUUGCAGAGCAGCCACUGAGUAGCUGACAGUACCAAGCUGUGCUGAGCUGACUGCCUUCCCAUGUGUGGAUCUGGAUGAAUGUGAAGCAGGAUACUGCUAAAACAAACCUGCAGGCUUAGCUUUCCCUGGUUAAAUUAUGAUUAAGGAAAACUUAAUCAUAUAAAUACAAUUUUAUUUGCUAUUCAGAUUUGCUGUGUUUAGAAGAUGCCUUAAUAGCAUUAUAAUGUCACGUAAAUACACAACAUAUAUAUAUGACUGGGUGUUAAUAAUUUCACAUUUGAUACCUAAUGCAUUGCACACAACUAGAUAAUUAAACACUGUUUUGAA